AUGGUUAUUUUCCUAUCUCUCUUAUUUCCACUUGUUUUAUCCUUAGAUCCAAAACUCGUGAAAUAUGCAGUCAACUGCGGAGGUGACUCAAUAGUCACCUCCGAUGGUGUUACCUAUCGUAAAGACAAUGGCUUUUCCUCAGGUAUUGCAAGCGACUAUGGAAAACAAUUCCAGAUUCGUCUAACUCGAGAUCUAGAAAUUUACCAAACAGAGCGAUACGAUGAACAAGACUUCACCUACAAAAUCCCAAUAAAAGAAGAAGGAAAUUAUGUUCUUACCCUAAUUUUAUUAAAUAUCUAAUUUUUCUAUAUUAUUUUUUAAAAUAAUUUAAUUAAUCAUAAUUUACUAUAUAUUGAAAUUCUCUGAAGUCUAUUUCUCAUAUCCAUCUGCAAAAAUAUUUAAUGUUAAAAUCGGCGACACCUAUGUAGUUAAACAAUUAGACAUUUUUUCAAAAGUAGGCAAAGCAGCAGCCUAUGAUGAAUUCAUAGUAAUAAACUAUGAAGGUGGAAAAAUAAAAAUCAACGGAAAUGUUGUGGAAAACGCUGUAUCACAUGAUGAGUUGAUAAUUACUUUUGAAAAAGGGCAAAAAGACAACCCAAAGGUAAAUGCCAUUGUUUUGCUGAAAGGAGGACUGGAAGACACACACCAAUAUGAACAAUCUGAAUUUCUAGCACAAAUUCAAAGAGAAAGAUUAGCACAAAAACAAGCUCAAGAAAAAGUAAAAGAGGUAAAAAGAGAAGAGAUAGAUGAUAGCGAUUUUGAAAGCUUAGAACAAGAGGUGCAUGCUGUAGAAGAGCCUGAUUCUUUGUUUUCUGUAUUAACUAGUACCCCAGCUUUAGUGAUAGUAGGAAUUAUUGCUUUGCUUGCAGGAGGAGCUAUAUUUUCAUCGUCUUCUGGAAAACCAGAUGACAGUAAAAAAGCCAAAAAAAAUUAA